UCUAAGCAGCGUGCGGUGUGGUUCGUGCUCUCGACACCUAAAACUAUGUGGCAGCAAGUGUGGCAAGUAUGUGUGUUAACCGUUUAUGUGGCACUCGCACUCGCACAGGCCGAGGCCGGCCUGGAUGCUCGCUUUAAUGGCGUCGCUUCCGGCUUAACGAACAAUGAGCAGCAGCAGCAGCAGCUACAAGUGAAGCUCAACGCCUGGCAGCCAUUGACGGGCCACAACAAUUGGCUGAUACUGCAGGCAACGGCGGCUACGGCCAUGCGACAGCAGCAACAACAACAGCAGCAACAGCAGCAGCCACAAGGGCAACUUCCUGUCAAUUACUACGCCUACAAUCAUCGCUAUCAAACGGUUGCGACAGCUGCCGCAAACGAUGCUCCCAGCGGAAAUUACAAACAGGUGCGAUCCAAUCUCAAUGCGGCGGCUCCCAGCUACGUGUGGGCCCUCAGCCCCGCUCUCCAUCGAUUGUCGCACAGCGAGGAUGUGCCGGACGUGCAGAGGGGACAUAUCGAGCCGGAAGCACGCGAAGGCAACAACCGCGUGACAAACACAUACACAAACGCCGCUGAUGAGGCCCUUGAUGUUCCGGCUAAGCCCACCUCAGCAACGGCUCAGCGUAUAAACAACUAUUUGACAACGUUUGAGCGAGCCGUGCGCAAGGUGCGCAGCUUUUGUGACACUGUGCGAGAUCUCAUCUGGGAUGACUGGGAUGAGGGCCACGAGAUAACGCAGGAACUCAGUUCGUUGGAGACAAACAAAGGGCACAAUUGGGAGCCUUUAUUUUCAACAAUAGACAAUAAAGAGCUAGAGCACAUAAAAUGUCUCGAGCUGCCUCUCCUUGCAGAUAUCCUGUCAACUAAAUUGGUUGGUCGCAGCAUAGACGCAGCAACAGAAGAGGAAGGGGAAGAGGAAGAACAGCUAGAAACAGCUACAACAACAUCAAAGGAAAUUCAAGGCCGUGGCAGCCAGCUGACUGGCAGCAUUCAGGGCCGCAAGCUGAAGAAGCUGAAGAAGAAAAUUCAGAAACUACUGCUGCCGCUGCUCAUUGCGUACAAGUUAAAGUUUCUGACCCUGAUACCGGUGCUGAUUGGAGGGCUGACGCUGCUGGUGGGCACCACGGGCCUGGCUGGCUUCUUCUUCGCCCUGUUCACGGCCGUGAUGAGCCUCAAGUCGUCGGCAGGUGUUGGCCAUUCCAGCAAAGCGAUUGUCUUGAAGAAAAUUUGAGUUCAGCGGCGGCUGAUUGAUUUCGGAUUUAGGUUUACGCUUCAAAACUAGAGCUCCACUUAAUGGGAGGCGAGCUCAAUAGCUAACGACGGUAGAUUAAAUUGAUUAA